AUGAACCUAACCUGGCUAGUUCUUCUCAUAGCCUUUGGAGGAUGCUUGGGUAAAAGUACCAAGAAAAAACCAGAGGAGCUCGAUUUACCGACCGUAAUUGACGCAACUGGUUUAAGACUUUGUGCUCAAAAUUGUCUAACCGAUUUAUUUACGAAAGCCGCUGAGCUCAUAACGUUAGAAAAUCCCGUGGAAAAUUUCAAACAUCUUUGCUCGAUCUACAAUAACGCUUCGAUAUGCGUGGCAGAGCGUGAGGAAUGCUAUGGUGGAAUUAUUUUCGACAUAGCUUUCGAAGGACUGGAUGAGUUGUGCAAUGAAAGGCAGGAGGAGCUCGAGCCCCACGUGGAAUGCCUGGAGAGAGACGUGGAGAAUGAGCUGCAGGUGUGCGAUAAGUCUUGCCACUUUAGAGGUACUCUAGAGAUGGUUUCGAAGAAGAAAAGCGUUAGCAAAAUGCCUAAAGGUAUUGAGGAUCACCAGCGAAUGAUGGAGGAAGUGGCCCCAGUCUGCACCUCCAUCGGCUGCAUGACCGCUUGCAUUGCCUAUAGACUGAACAAAAAUUGUGGUGAGCCUUCUGGUUCCAUCAUUGUG